GUAUCGGCCGUGACCUCCUUGGAAGGACCCCUCCUUCAGGUGGAGGGACUAAGUGACCUGAGGCUGGAACUUCACAGCAAAAAGAUGAAUAUGCACUUGGUCCUGAUCGAUGAACUCCACCGUCAUCUCUACAUCAAGUCCACCAGCAAGGUUGGACAACGGAACAAAGAAAAGGGGAGAGUAAGUUCACAUGUGAAGGAGGCCUCUGCUCUGCCUCUUCUGGACGUUACUAACUUAUCCACGCCUCGCAAGUUUGACUCCGCUCAAUUUAGCAGCGGUGAGUUACUUUUGGAGCUGCUGGAACUUCUCUUUGACAAAUUCAACGCCGUGGCCGCUGCUCACGCCAUCGUCCUGGGACAUCUCCAGCAGACCGUGACGCCUCCUGUCAGCCAGUAUGAUGGCGACAUUAAGUUGUACGACAUGGCGGACGUAUGGGUGAAGAUCCAAGACGUCUUGCAGAUGCUGCUGACAGAAUACCUGGACAUGAAAAACACACGGGCAUCUUCGGAGCCUUCAGCUCAGCUUAGCUAUGCCAGCUCCGGGAGAGAGUUUGGGGCGUUUUUUGCAAAAAAGAAACCUCAAAGGCCCAAGACGUCUUUGUUCAA